AUGAAUGUGCGCAAGAACGGGCGCUGCCCCGGCAACCUUUGCCACCCUGGGGGUCUGCUUUGCCUAGGCUGGCUGCUCUCCUCUGCCCUCGGCAAGACGAUCCGAUACCACACCUAUGAGGAAGACCCUCCCGGCACAGUGAUCGGCACUUUGGCCGACGAGCUGCCCCUGAAGGGCCCGGGAGGAGGCGGCGGAGAGCGCAGUUUCCGCCUGGUGAAGGCGCCGGGCAACAGCUCGCUGGUGCAGGUUCGCGAGCGGGACGGGCAGCUGAGCCUGGGCACAGAGCGGCUGGACCGCGAGGCGCUGUGCGGGCAGUCGGAGGAGCCGUGCGUGCUGGCCUUCGACGUGGUGAGUCUGGGCUGGCCGCGCAGCGGCAGCGGCGGGGGCUCGCCUCCUUCGCCUUACCGCCUGGUGCACGUGGAGCUGGAGGUGCGGGACAUCAACGACCACGCGCCCCGCUUCCCGCAGCCGCUCAUCGCCCUGGAGGUGUCGGAGAGCGCCGCGCCGGGCACCCGCCUGCCGCUUGACCUGGCGCACGACUUGGAUGUGGGCUCCAACGGCAUCCAGAGCUUCGCCGUCUCGCCCAACAGCCACUUUGGCCUGGAGGCACAGAGCCGCGCAGAUGGGCUCAAGUGCGCCGAGCUGGUGCUGCUGACCGAGCUGGACCGCGAGGCGCAGGCCGCCUACCGCCUGGAGCUAGUGGCCAAGGACGGCGGCAGCCCGGCGCGCUCGGGCACGGCCACGGUCAGCGUGCGGGUGCUGGACGCCAAUGACAACGCGCCCGCCUUCCCACAUGGAGCCCUGCUGACCGUCGAGCUGCCCGAGGACGCGCCAUCCGGAGCGCUGCUCCUCGACCUGGAUGCCUCGGACCCGGACGAGGGCGCCAACGGGCAGCUGCUCUACGCUUGGGGCAGCCAGGUGCCCGCCGAGGCGCGGAACCUCUUUGCUCUCGACCCGCUCUCGGGGCGCCUCAGCCUUCGCGCUGCCGUCGACUAUGAGGUCCAGCGCGCCUACGAGCUGGACGUGCAGGCCAGCGACCGCGGCGCCAGCCCGCUGGCGGCCAGCUGCAAGGUGGUGGUGCGCCUCCUUGACGUCAACGACAACGCGCCCGCCGUGGCCAUCAGCGCCCUCAGCGCCGGCAGUGGCGGGACGGGCGCGGGGUCCGAGCCGGGACCGCUCGUCGAGGGGGGCGCGUCCCCCGAGGGCGCCGCUGCCGCCUGGACGGUGGCCUACGUGAGCGAGGCGGCGCCGGCCGAGAGCCUGGUGGCGCUGGUCAGCACCUCGGACAGCGACGCGGGAGCCAAUGGUCAGGUGCGCUGCGCCCUGCUGGCCGCGCCGCACGAGCCCUUCGCCCUGCAGCGCGCCUACGACGCCAGCUACGUGGUGCUCACCACGGGCGCCCUGGACCGUGAGCGCGUGCCCGAGUACAACCUCACGGUUGUGGCCGAGGACCUGGGCUCGCCGCCGGCCAAGACCGUGCACCGUCUCACCGUGCGCUUGGCCGACGAGAACGACAACGCGCCUCGCUUCGCCAAGGCGCGCUACGAGGUGGCGGUGCUGGAGAACAACCCGCCUGGCGCCUACCUCGCCGCCGUCCUCGCCGCCGACCCGGACCAAGGAGCCAACGGCAAGGUCACCUAUCGCCUGAUGGACAGCCAAGUAAUGGGCGCCUCCAUUUCCACCUAUGUUUCGGUGGAUCCGGCGACGGGGGCCAUCUACGCAUUGCGCACUUUCAACUACGAAAUCCUCAAGCAGCUGGAGCUGACCGUCCAAGCCACGGAUGGCGGCUCCCCUCAGCUCUCCAGCGCAGCCUUGGUGAAGGUGCGGGUAGUAGACCAGAACGACAAUGCGCCUGUCAUUACUCUCCCAGCACUCAUCAACGGCUCCCUUGAGAUCGGGGUGUCCAGAAAAGCUGCCCACGACUCGGUGGUGGCACACAUCAAAGCCAGAGAUGCUGAUGAGGGAGUCAACGCUGAGCUGAGCUUUUCCUUCCUAGAAGAUCCGCAGCAACAGCAGCCACCAGCCCUGGACCUCUUUGCCAUCAACAAGAAAACAGGAGAAGUUGUGCUCACCGGGAGCUUCUCAGAAGAACAGCUGGGCCAAGUCUACCAGCUGCUCCUCACCGUGGCCGACAAUGGACGGCCUCCCCUCUCCACUACCGUCCCUAUCAGUUUCCAGGUGACUGCUGCGUUGCUUCCCGCAAGCAGCCAGGAUUCCAAGGCCAAGCCCAACACUGGGGAAGGGAAAGCUGUGCAGUGGGACAUCCCCUUGAUUGUCAUCAUCGUCCUUGCUGGGAGCUGCACUUUGCUGCUGGUGGCCAUCAUCACUAUCGCCACCACUUGCAACAGGCGCAAGAAGGAGAAGAAGGGAGUCCUGGAGGAGCCGCUGGACAGCUCUCACCUGGAGAAGGGGCAGCAGGAAGGCAAGGGCAGUGGCCUGAUCUCCUCCAGCCCUGGCACCCGAGGCAAUGGCUUCGAAGUUCAUUCCUUCCCCAGCAAAUCUUCCUUUGCUAGCCCGGAGCCCUCCCCAGCCAGCGAAGACAUCCCGACUUUAGAAAACAUCAGAGAGACCGCCAGUCUCUAUGACAGCCAGAGCAGACUCCGGGGGACGAAUGCAGAGGUAGCAUUUCCCAUGGUCUUGAUUCCCUUUCCCCCCUGGGAGAGGCGCCUUGCUUCUUGCACCUUAGCUUAUUAUCCCCCCCCCCUCUUUAGCUUAUUCUUGAAUGUUUUGGGAUUUUUACAUCCAGUUCCCAAAGUAAUUUUUUUUAAAAAUAUUUUAUUAGUUGAAUAUAAGAACAACAUAUAAUCAGAUACAAGCAAUCAAAUACAGUUUUCCCCUAACCCCCCCCCCCAAAAAAAACAGCCCCAACUACGUCCAGAUAAUUACAUUAGUAAUAUAGUCAAAUAAAAAAUUAUUUCUACAGUUCCUGGUUUAAAAAAUAUCAUUCCACAUGCUCCCAUGUGUCUUAGGUGGUUUAAAUGCAUGUUCUUUCUUUGAUGCAUAUGUAAUAAAGGAGGACCACAUUAUGUAAAAGUUAUGUAGUGUCUCACAUUGUUAAAGUAAUUAAGCAGGGAUGUUUGCAUUUAAAGUUAUUUACAGCCAGUCUACACAUCAGUUAAACCAGGCAUCCCCAACCUUCGGCCCUCCAGAUGUUUUGGACUAUAAUUCCCAUCAUUCCUGACCACUGGUCCUGUUAGUGAGGGAUCAUGGGAGUUGUGGGCCAAAACAUCUGGAGGGCCGCAGGUUGGGGAUGCCUGAGUUAAACAAAAGUUCUUGAUUUGUAGCCUAGCUUGAGUCUAGAUGAUUCCAAUUCACAGGGAUGUGGUCCAAGCUGCUAGUUAGACUGCUUUUAUUAACACUGCUGUUCCUUAUAACAUUUUUCUCCUUUUCUACCCCUCGCCCCCCCCCCAAAUCCUUCACAUGUGCCCUUCCACCUUCUUCCAGUCUUAUGCCUCUACCCCUAGUUACAGCAAAGAGUCAGUCCCACCUGUGGCCAUCUGGAAGGGUCAUUCUUUCAACACCAUAUCAGGCAGAGAAGCAGAGAAGUUCAGCGGCAAAGACAGUGGUAAAGGCGAUAGUGAUUUCAACGACAGUGAUUCUGACAUCAGUGGGGACGCUCUUAAAAAGGAUCUCAUCACUCACAUGCAGAAUGGUAAGGAUGCCUUAAACUUUGGCACUUUCCCCUCAGAAUGCCACAGAACUUGGAAACUGUUGUCUCAGAAACAUUGAAAGAAACCCAGCACCAAAAGACCUGGUCACUAUUCUACUGUUUUUGGAAACCCUCCUCAAUUUUAAUGAGUCUGGGAAUAGGCUGUUAAUUACAGCAAGAGCUAUAGAUUUCAAUCAAUCUCACAACUAGGGAAAAUAUAGCAGCCAGGGUGGCUGACAGUUUGGGGCGCAUCCACAUCACCCGAAGCCAAAGGACCAGGUUCUGUCUGGCUAUUUCUUAUCCUGCCAUUUCUCCAAGCAGCUCAGAAUGCUUAUCCUUUGGAUCCUUCUUGGCACAACGUUCUGAGUUGUGCUGGCUUGUAUUGUGGCUUGUCAUUUUAAGGGGAGGGUGCAUGCAGGUCCCACCCCCCAGCAUCUCCAGCUAGGGCUGGGAAGGAGCCCUGUUUGAAACUUCCACAGGCUGCUUAGCUAGGUGAAACAAAGAUCUGACUUGGUGUAUGGAAGCUUGCUAUGAUACAGUUUUGAUGGUAGCUGUAUGAGGAUCUUUUUGUCCUUCAUGUUAGUUUCAUGAAAUGAUUCUUCCCCUUUCCAUCUUUCCUCUCACUGAGAAUGGCACUGAUACAAUAGUCUCCUAGGUGCUGCCCUAACAGUGCUCUGCUUGCUACGUGUCCAUGUUCUCAAGUUUGUUUUUCCCCUUGCAUUUCUAGGGUUGUGGGCUUGUACUGCUGAAUGCAAGAUCCUGGGCCACUCAGAUCGAUGUUGGAGCCCUUCCUGUGGCCAAGCCAAUCCUCACUCAUCCCCCCACCCAAAGACCCAGCUGUCCACCUUCUGCAAAAGCACCUCACUGCCCAGGGAUUCCCUUCGCCGAGAUAACUAUUAUCAGGCACAACUGCCCAAGACAGUGGGGCUGCAGAGUGUCUAUGAGAAAGUCUUGCAUAGGGAUUAUGACAGAGCUAUUACAUUGCUGUCACCUCCUCAUCAGGGGAGGCUGCCAGACCUCCAAGAGAUCUCAGUACCCUUAUACCAAGCACCCUCCACUCGAUAUUUAGGCCCUCCACCUGAGACCAGUCAGAAGGUUUAACUACUAAUGAGUACUUAACUUGAGCUGAGGUUCAUGAGUGUCAGGCCACAGGAGCCAUGUAAGAAGCUGGUGUCAGGCCACAGAACUUGAAUUUCCAGAACCACGCAUUUGCUGGAGAUGUUUAUCUCUCUGUGUUAUCUGCAGGCUGGCUGAAGAGGACAAUGACUCUGAGCAUGUGCAAAGUCUCUUUCUCACUGCUUUGUGAUCACAGCCAGCCCCGACAAGCUUCCAAGUUUAUACAAGAAGUCUUUGUAUUUUAG